AUGUUGUCUACCGUAGCUAAACUAUGGGAUCUCAACGGUUUUUGUGCUCCAGUAGUUUUAUAUGCGAAAUUAUUAAUUCAAGCUUUAUGGAUCGCCCAUAUCGGUUGGGACGACUCGCCGUCUGAACAUAUUUGCAUCGAGUGGAAAACUUUUAUAAAUGAGUUACCACUUUUACAUAAUUUUCAAAUACCACGAUUUUUUGGUAUCACAUCUGAUACACACCGCGUUUUUCUUCUUGGUGUGCUUCAGCAGCAGCUAAGUUGCAAGGGUGCAAAUCGCCACUGCAGACGGUGCCUGUCAGGAGAGGACAAUUGUUGGCGCAAGGGAAGGCGCGGAGCACUAGACGCGUCACGUGGGACAGUCAGUGCAGUAUACAGUCCAUUGAGG